AUGUCCUGCACCUCCGGCAGCUCGCAGGCUGUUACAUGUAGCCCAAAGUGUGGAUGUUAUUCAGCUCAUUUUCAAACCCUGAGGUCUUCUACUUCAUGGGAUUGCUACCAGCAAGCUUCCAAAACUCUGCUCAGUGACAUUGUAGCCCCAGCCCAGCUGAUUGUGUGCAGGAUCUCACCUGCUAGGCAGAGCUCCAGCUGGAAACCUCCACAAACCACUGAGUGCGAUACAUCCGAGUUUUCUGCUUACAGAUCGGACAGAAGAUCCCUUUUCAAUGUCUCACAGGUGGAUGAUGCAGGAAUCAUUAUUGGAGUCGUUAUGAUCCAAAGCUUUGGAUUCUUUUGCUGCCAUAACCAAGGACCUUACAGCAGCCAGCAACAAUGUGAGAAGAUAAAGAGCCUGUUACAUGAGAUGACCGGGCUGCUACAUGACUGUAAGCCAGAAAACAUCAAUAGAUAUCCCCAAAGAAAGAAGAUAGAAGAUCACUUCUCCAACCUCUUGAUCUUUUUGAAAAAUAAGAACUAUACAGACUGCGCCUGGGGAAUGGUUAACAUUGAAAUCAGGAGAAUCCUUUUUUAUAUUUCAACAUUCUACAAGAACGUGAUGAUCCACUGCAGCGCCACAAGCUGAACCAAAAACAACAUGCCACCAACGAACAACAAUCAAUGACAAACAACAAGCCACCAACAAACAGCAAGAAGCUGGGAAACAAGAAAAUGACGAUGUCAAACAAGAAGACAAAAAAGAAGGUGGCUACUACAUCAUCAUCAUCAUCAUCAUCAUCAUCAUCAUCAUCAUCAUCAUCAUAUUCUUCAUUGUCUUCAUCAUCUUCUUUGCCAUCUUAAUC